AAAGGAAAAUUUGUGAGAAUUGCAGUGUUCUCAUAUUUGAACAAUGUUUGCAGACAUCUUGCUCCUCCUUGCUAUCGGAGCUAUGCUACCCCUUAUAACGUCAUUUCCGGUCUCGCUUAACAACACGUGGACUGACCCCUGCCUCGAGUUGGGUGACACGCCUCCAGACACGGUGUCCAUGCUUGGAAUGAUGGAGUCUCUGACAGAGGACGCCCAGAAUUUAUAUAAGCGAGCAGAAGAGUUAAUGAAGUUUUAUACGACGGUCCAGAAAGACGAGUCUCAGCCAAGAGUUACCCCCUCGUACGUGAAUUAUCUGGAAAAGGAAAAAUUCGCUAACUUUCCUGCCGACAACGAGUACAACAGCGACAAUCUGACGCUGGUUCUGUUGAACCACUACAAGCAGAUGUCACGUGUCGCCAUCUUUUGUCAAGACGCCAUCCAGAUCGAAAAAACUUACUCCCACACCACCAACGCUCAGGGUCACCUCGAUCGGCUCACAAAUGUCCUGACCUCCAUGCUCUGUCACUUGGACCUUGCACUGAAGACGACUGGCUAUAUGGUCUCUACCUUUGAAGACAGCAACGAGCUUUUGGAUGAUGAUGCCAAGACCCUCCGGAACAAAGACCACCAUGAUCUUUACGAGUAUAUUAUCUUCAAGGAGACCUACAAGUUUGCCUCCGCUCUGCUCGCUAAGUAUUCCAACAUUACUAAAGGGAUGGGAUCCGACAAAAAGGAAUAA